AUGAAGUGCAAAUAUUGCCUGCCAACUUUUGCAGCCAUUGUGCCACCAAUCUGCUCCGCAGAUUGUCACCAAACUGCGUUGAAAGAUAAAUGUCAGUUAGCUACUAAGUUAUUGGGAGUGCGAUAUUUAACCUCCGAAACCGUAGAGAGUACGGCCCUGACGUUUCAAUGCGUAGACUACAUCCAUGGCUGUGACAGUCUUACGUUUAGCGUGCUCUGUGUAAGUGACAGCGUCACGGAUGACGUUUUCAAGGAAAACUUUGAGCACACCACGGGUCUCUUCGUAGAUCAAUCCAGAGAUACGUUUGACUCCACCACGACGGGCCAGACGACGAAUGGCUGGCUUAGUGAUACCUUGGAUGUUAUCACGAAGAACUUUACGAUGGCGCUUGGCUCCUCCUUUUCCCAAUCCUUUUCCUCCCUUACCACGGCCAGUCAUGUUGAUAUCAGUAGAAUUAAACUUCUGAUCGACUCAAGAGGAACCGUUGCUCUUCGUGAGAUCCGUCGUUACCAGAAGAGUACGGAGUUGUUGAUCCGUAAAUUGCCCUUCCAACGUCUCGUCCGUGAAAUCGCCCAGGACUUCAAGACUGAUCUGCGAUUCCAGAGCUCCGCUGUGAUGGCCCUUCAGGAAGCCAGCGAGGCCUACCUCGUCGGUCUGUUUGAAGACACCAACCUCUGUGCCAUUCACGCCAAGCGUAUCUUUUCUGAUAAACGAACAAAAGAAGAUGACAUGAAUUUUCAGAAGGAAUAUGCAGAUGUUUUAGAAUACAAUGAAUUUGUCAUUACUAUAACACAUUAA